AGUAGUUUUGCUUAAGAGAGGGGGUCGUGGCUUAGCAUUAUAAAGAGGGAAAAACAGCAUAGCUUUAUGGGUUUAUUUAGACAGUUUCUACGGUUUGACAUUCUACGGCUUUAAAAAAAAGAGAAAAGGAAAAACUCGAGGAUUCCAAAGAGGAGAACAUUUUGGACAUACAUUUUUUGUAGUAUUCCGUUGUUUCUUUUAAUUUUUUUUCCUUUAAUUUUUUUAAUAUUUUUUUGCUAUUUCCUCUCCCGAAAAAUGAAACUUUGGACAUCUCCCUGGGUGUCUUGCCUGGUGAUUCUCAUCUUGUGUUUUGGAUCAGAGUGCGGGACAGUCCGGAGAUCCAAGAGGGAGUUGGUGCGCAUUAGGGAGGCGAAAGCCACCAUCCCAGGGGCUUGUGCCACACGUCUGCCCCGGGGCAAACGCUCUUUGCCCGGCUUGGAGCGACGGGUUCCUCGCCAGCGUCGGCGCUCCUCUCAGGCGGAGGAAAACUCUCCGGAUCGGGGCAAAGCUGUCUAUUUUACCGGCAGGGGAGAUCAGCUGCGGCUGAAGCCUGGCGUGGAGAUACCAAGAGGAAAUUUCACUCUGGAGAUGUGGAUCAAACCGGAGGGAGGUCAACGAUCACCCACAGUGAUUGCAGGCCUAUACGACAAAUGUUUCUACGCCUCUAGUGACCGAGGCUGGUUGCUUGGCAUCCAGGCGGUUAGUGAACACGGGAAUCGUGAUCCCCGCUUCUUCUUUUCUCUCAAAACGGACCGUGCCCACAAAGUGACCUCCAUCCACUCCAACGCUCGUUAUGGACCCAACCAAUGGGCACAUGUGGCAGUCACAUAUGACGGUGUGUACAUGAAGCUCUUUGUCAACGGGGCCCAAGUGGGUGUCAGUCGCGAGCAAUCGGGCGAUGUCUUCAGCCAUUUGACCAAAAAGUGCAAAGUGCUGAUGAUUGGGGGGAACGCACUGAAUCAUAAUUACAGGGGGGCAGUGGAGAGGGUGGGCCUAUGGAGGCAGGCCAGAGGGCAGAGGCAGAUUAUCAGGGAUAUGCAGGGCCAUGAAGACCCCCAAGAUCUACCUCAGCUGGUCAUACGUGAAACAUUCGAUCACCCAGGCCGGAAGUGGCUGACUGUAAAAGAUGGUAACUUUCCUCAGCCUGAGGAGGGGGGAGGCGGACGAUUAGGAUUCCUGGGUGGUGUUGGAGUUGUUAAUUCUGAGGGAAUAUUGGACACAACGCUGGACCCGCCAUCUUGUGGUCAAACUGUCUGCGACAAUGUCCAGGUCAUCAAAAACUACAACAACCUUUGGAACUUCCGUCGACCGAAGAAAGUACGUUAUCGUGUCAUCAAUGUUUGGGACGAUUUACGGAUAAAGCCAACUGUAUCAGACCACCAGAUCAGCCUGCAACACCAGCAGCUAAAUGAUGCCUUUAGCCCCUACAACAUCAGCUGGGAGCUUAGCGUUCACAAUGUGACCAACUCCUCUCUUCGGAACCGCCUGAUUCUAGCUAACUGUGAUAUCAGCAAAGUUGGCGAUGAUGCAUGCGACCCAGAAUGCAACCACCCGCUGACAGGGUAUGAUGCAGGUGACUGUAUGUCUGGGUAUCGGAGCCGUUGCCCUGAGCACAAGCAGGGAAAUGGUGUGUGUGACCCUGAAUGUAACUGGGAAAACUUCUUCUAUGACCUCGGCGACUGCUGUAAUCCCAAUGUUACUGAUGUGACCAAGACAUGCUUCAACCGCUCGUCUCCACACAAAGCCUAUUUGGAUGUGAAAGAGGUGAAAGAGAUUCUGAACUUGGAUGGCUCGACUCACCUGAAUGUCUUCUUUGCCAAUUCUUCUGAUGAAGAUCUGGUGGGGGUUGCCACUUGGCCAUGGGACAAAGAGGCCCUCACACAUUUGGGUGGAAUUGUGCUGAACCCUUCCUUCUAUGGUACGUUUGGUCACACUGACACAAUGGUCCAUGAGAUCGGUCACAGUCUUGGACUUUAUCACGUCUUCCGAGGAAUAUCAGAAAUCGAUUCGUGUAAUGAUGCGUGUUUGGAGACGGAGCCCUCGAUGGAGACUGGAGAUCUGUGUGCGGACACCAACCCCACCCCCAAAUUCAAAGGGUGCCACGAUCCUGAGCCUGGCAACGAAACAUGUGGCGGUCGGCAUUUCACGCACACGCCUUUUAACAACUACAUGAGUUAUGCAGAUGAUGCUUGUACAGACUCCUUCACCCUGAACCAGGUGGCUAGGAUGCACUGCUACCUGGACCUCAUCUAUCAGACCUGGCAACCUGCCUCCAAACCUCCUCCAGUGCCAAUGCCACCCCAAGUGGUGGAGCAGCAUCAUAAUUCCAUCACCCUGGAAUGGUUUCCACCGAUUUCUGGACACUUUUACGACAGAGAUGUGGGAUCAGUGUGUGAUAAAUGCACUGAGGGGAGAGUCCUCCUGCAGUAUGCCUCCAACUCCUCCUCCCCACGACCGUGCGCCCCUUCUGGACACUGGUCUCCACGAGAGGCUGAAG